AUCUAGCCGGUUUCUGUUUCCAUCAGGCGUGCGUGUGUAGAGGCGUGCGUUUGUCAAUGCGUUUGUUGCACGUUCGAACCAUCUUGGUUGUUGCUGUGCUUCGACUUGUCGCUAGCUCGCUUGUUGCAGUAAACUAAAAUUACCUACUACCAAGACCUUCAGGCAGUCUAGUACGGCACCCUGCCUUCUUCGUAUCGCACGUUUUUCGGGGCGCGAUGUUCGUCAUCAGCGAGAUGUCGGACAGCAUUCGCGUCCCGCCGUGGCUGUUCCGCGUCAGCCCGAACGAAGCCAUCGUGGAGCAGCUAAACCGGCGCCUCGCGAACAAGGUUGUCAUCAACGUAGGGCUCUGCAUCGCGCUCUUCGACAUCACGAAAAUCGAGGACUCCCGGAUCCUUCCAGGCGACGGCUCCUUUCACACAACCGUGCAAUUCCGCUAUGUGGUCUUCCGGCCCUUCAUGGACGAAGUCCUAAUCGGCAAGAUUCGUAGUAGCAGCCAGGAAGGCAUCUACGUGUCCAUGGGCUUCUUUGAGGACAUCCUCGUCACUCCUGAUGGGAUGCAGCAUCCGGCACGCUUCGACGAGAAAGAGCAGCUCUGGGUAUGGCUCUACGAAUCCGAGGGCAAAGUGAACGACUUGUACAUGGACCUCGGCGAGGAGAUACGCUUUAGGGUGGUGGGCGAGGUGUUCGUGGACACUACGCCCGGAGGCCCCGAGACAACCGAGCUGCCGGACGCCGAAGAGCGCCACGUACCUUACUCACUCACGGCCUCCAUCAGCGAGCCCGGCCUGGGCCUGCUCAAGUGGUGGUCAUAGGAAAGGCAGCCGGCAGCAGAGUACUUUAUUUAAUUUUUUUUUUCAUCUUCUUUAAUAAUACUGGGAAGACUUGCUUUGCCGGGGCAAGGCAGGGCUACUUCUUCUGUGCGAGGAGCAAAGACAGGAAAGAAAAAGAGAAGGCAUCAUUAUGAUCUGUACAUGGAUGCAUGCGCCUGGCACGUGCACGCACACAACACAGACAUGGGCACGCACAUCAUACAAGCGGCUCAGUGGCUGGCACAGCUCUGCAGUGUGGCGUUUGCCACGUGCCUCUUCUUCACCUUCACAAUCAACGACGUGACAACAACAAAAAAAAAGACAGCCUGACAAUGUGCAUGCAAAAUACAACUAACUUUUACAACA